GAAAUGGCCGCUCAUCCGUCAACCCGGGAGGGAGGGACGAGGGGGAGGCGGGAGGGGCCGUGGGAUCUGGGGAGGGGAGGAGGGGAAGGAGGAGAGGGGGGCCGGUCUUCAUCUGUCUGCGGCCGUUUCAGACAGACCCACCACCGCCUCGGCCCCCCAGCACCGGGUCCCUACCCCACAUCCACCCUGGACACCUGCUGGUCCACACCAGGCCUGGACAGAGAGAUGGACAGUGGAGUUCUAACGAUUGGAGGUCCAGACCUUUACGGAGCCUCCACAGUCACAGUGAGACCCAGCCCACCAGACCCCGCAGCAACAGCCUCAGCCUCAACCCCAGCCUCAACCCCAGCCUCAGCCUUGACCCCAGCCUCGGCCUCAACCCCAGUCCCAGGCCACAACCACGGGCUCUGCAACAGCUCGACAUGCACGGGACCCUCUCCUGUCAUCCUCCCCAGUUCCAGACCCAGACAGAGACUCGGCCCCAUGUCUUUCCCAUGGCCAGGCCCCCCUCCUCCUCUGCUCUGUCCAGACCCAGCCCCUUGCACCACAAGCUCCACCGACGGGCUGUCUACUCCUCCGGCACGGCCUGGAAGGAGGUGUCCUUGUCAGCCGAUCCCCUCCUGUCCUCAAGACUCCCAGCCCCGACCCCCAACGGUGACCCCCCCUCUCAACCACAAACACUGACCUCUGACCCCCGGAGAAGGUUCUAGACUCUCCGGAAUGGAUGCGGCGGCCAUGUGUGGAAUCUUCCGGAGGGGGCUCGCAUCUCAACGCUGACCCUUCAACAGUCCAGGGUGUCGGCGGAACCCUGGAGACCCAAGAUAUUGUUGUGGUCCUCCAAAAAAGAAGCCCGAGUCGGCCACGGUCCCUGUGUUUUGAAAUGCCCGUGCGGCUGCCCUCGCAGAUAUGGACCCCUUGUAAGACAUUUCACGGCGGGGUGUUUGCAGAGCUCUCUGUCUCGAUCAGUCCCAUGUGUCCGCGACUGUGCUCGUCUGAGUGUGAGGAAUUGAUUUGAUGCAGAGAUAAUGCAAAACGACCUGGCUUCUCAGAGAAAACAGACAUGGUCCCCCCCCCCCCCAAAGAAAAACCUGGGCUUUAGGGAACUUGGCUGGGUUUGGCUGAGUCCUCCCCUCCCCUCCCUCCCUCACACCCGCUGUGACAAUAUUGUAGACAAGCACUUGUGGAGCAGUACAACUGCAAUCCUUUCCGUCCGAGGUCCCCCCACGACAGGCAUUUUCUGGAAACUACUGAUGACCCCAAUCCUCUGCGGAUGUUUGUUUUGUGUGUCAGUGUGCCCCACAAUCCCAGUUUUCUCCAGCUCCGGGGUCAAUUGAUUCGAGCCCUGCGAGGGUAAUACAAAGCUCUGUGGACAAUUUCGUAC